AGCGCCAGAGCGCUGUUCUACUUCCGGUGGGGAAGAGAAAGGGAAGACCCCGCCGGAAGCGAGGAAGGUGCUGUGUAAUCACUAAGACACUGAGGCACUUGCGACCCCGAAAAUGCCUGAUUACUUAGGUGCGGACCAGCGGAAAACCAAAGAGGAUGAGAAGGACGACAAGCCCAUCCGAGCUCUGGAUGAGGGGGAUAUUGCCUUACUGAAAACUUACGGGCAGAGUACUUACUCCAGGCAAAUCAAGCAGGUUGAGGAUGACAUUCAACAACUUCUCAAGAAAAUUAAUGAGCUUACUGGUAUCAAAGAGUCUGACACUGGCCUGGCACCACCAGCCCUCUGGGACCUGGCCGCAGACAAACAGACACUUCAGAGUGAACAGCCGCUCCAGGUGGCAAGGUGUACGAAGAUAAUCAAUGCUGAUUCAGAGGACCCCAAAUACAUCAUCAAUGUGAAGCAGUUUGCCAAGUUUGUGGUGGAUCUCAGUGAUCAGGUGGCACCUACUGACAUUGAAGAAGGGAUGAGAGUUGGCGUGGACAGAAAUAAAUACCAAAUUCACAUUCCACUACCUCCUAAGAUUGACCCAACAGUUACCAUGAUGCAGGUGGAAGAAAAACCUGACGUCACAUACAGUGAUGUUGGUGGCUGUAAGGAACAGAUUGAGAAAUUGCGAGAGGUAGUUGAAACCCCUCUACUCCAUCCAGAGAGAUUUGUUAACCUUGGGAUUGAGCCUCCGAAGGGUGUGCUGCUGUUUGGUCCCCCGGGCACAGGCAAGACCCUCUGUGCCAGGGCAGUUGCCAACAGGACUGACGCUUGCUUCAUCCGAGUUAUUGGGUCUGAGCUCGUGCAGAAAUACGUCGGUGAGGGGGCUCGAAUGGUUCGUGAGCUUUUUGAAAUGGCAAGAACAAAAAAAGCCUGCCUUAUUUUCUUUGAUGAAAUUGAUGCCAUUGGAGGGGCUCGGUUUGAUGAUGGUGCCGGGGGCGACAACGAAGUGCAGAGAACAAUGUUGGAACUGAUCAACCAGCUGGAUGGUUUUGAUCCUCGAGGCAACAUCAAAGUCCUGAUGGCCACUAACCGACCUGAUACUCUGGAUCCAGCACUGAUGAGGCCAGGGAGAUUGGACAGAAAGAUUGAGUUUAGCUUACCUGAUCUAGAGGGUCGGACUCAUAUCUUUAAGAUUCAUGCUCGCUCAAUGAGUGUUGAAAGAGACAUUAGGUUUGAGCUGUUAGCCCGACUGUGUCCAAACAGCACUGGAGCGGAGAUUAGAAGCGUUUGCACAGAAGCUGGCAUGUUUGCAAUCCGAGCACGGCGAAAAAUUGCUACAGAGAAGGAUUUCUUGGAAGCCGUGAAUAAGGUCAUCAAGUCUUACGCCAAAUUCAGCGCUACUCCCCGCUACAUGACAUACAAUUGAGCCCCAGGGGCUUUGACGACUUCCUGCGUUCGAGUAACUUGUUGACACCUUACAAAAAUAAAAGAUUUCAAAAUUCAUAAGUGC